AAAUUAGUUUCUUGUUAGUAAAGAUGAAGAGCUUUGCUUGUCUUGGUAAGAAAUUAGAGCACCCUCGUAAUUUCUUUUGCAACAAGGUAUGUUGCUUCCAUAAAUCUUCCAUAUGUUCAAUCCAGUCCUUCCUUCGUGUGCUAGCCUUUCAGAUACACCCUUUUUGGGUUCAACUUACUUAUUUUGUAAUCCUUUCCUUGGUUGGACAUAUGGCUUUGAAGGUUUCAGAGCCAAGACCUGGCUCAUUAAGGCCUGCAAGCCUUGACAUCUUCUUUACUUCUGUUUCUUCAGCAACAGUUUCAAGCAUGUCAACGGUGGAAAUGGAGGUCUUCUCUAACACCCAACUUAUCAUCAUGACCAUUUUGAUGUUAUUGGGUGGAGAGGUCUUCACUUCCAUCCUUGGACUUUAUCUGUCGAGGGUCAAAUUCUCUAAACUUGAAACCAAGGAAAGUAGAGUCCUUUCUGUUUACCACAAUCCUCCAAAACGUACCAACUUUCCAGGGCUAGAGAUUGAGAAACCAGCCAAUGUAGACCUAGAAUAUAAUCUCAACUCUUUAGACAAUGAUCAUAGUCUCAAGUUGAGCUCACUUAAGAGCCUUGCUUGUGUGGCUUUGGGCUAUUUUUCAGUUGUUCACAUUACUGGUUCUAGUUUAGUUGCUAUGUAUACAAGCCUUGUUCCUAGUGCAAGACAAGUCCUGGGCAGUAAAGGAAUUAAGAUUCAGACAUUUUCUGUGUUCACCACAGUCUCUACCUUUUCCAGCUGUGGUUUUGUGCCUACAAAUGAGAACAUGGUAGCUUUCAAGAAGAAUCCAGGACUCCUACUCAUUCUCAUCCCUCAAGUUCUUCUUGGAAACACAUUAUACCCAUCAUGCCUGCGGUUUCUGAUCUGGAUUUUGGAGAAAAUCACAAGGAAAGUAGAGUUCAGAUACAUUCUGAUGAAUACUAGAGAGAUGGGUUAUGGCCAUUUGCUAUCCUUUUCUCAUUCGUGCCUUCUCGCUAUCACAGUCUCGGGGUUUAUACUGGUGCAAUUCAUACUCUUUUGCUCCAUGGAGUGGAAUUCAGGAGCUAUGGAUGGUCUGAAUCCCUAUCAGAAGUUCAUGGGUGCAUUGUUUCAGGUUGUAAAUUCAAGGCAUACUGGUGAAUCUAUUGUUGAUCUCUCCAUCAUCUCUCCAGCAAUCUUGGUGCUCUUCGUGAUUAUGAUGUAUCUGCCACCAUGCACUUCACUUAUGCCAAUAAAGCAACAGGAAGAGGUUGAUUCAGAAACUGGCCAAAAAUGCAAAAACCAAAGGAAGUCUUUGGUUCAUUGCCUGUUGUUCUCACCUUUAUCUACCUUAGCCAUCUUUGUGAUUCUCGUUUGCGUCUCAGAGAGAGAGAAGUUGAAGAAAGACCCCCUCAACUUCAACGUGCUCAAUAUCACCAUAGAAGUCGUAAGCGCAUAUGGAAAUGUCGGGUUCUCAACUGGCUAUAGCUGCAAACGACAACUUGAACCUGAUAGCUCGUGCAGAGAUGCAUGGUUUGGAUUUGUUGGAAGGUGGAGUAACAUGGGAAAAUUUAUCCUCAUCUUAGUAAUGUUCUUCGGAAGGCUUAAGAAAUUCAGCAUCAAUGGUGGUAAAGCUUGGAAGCUCUCCUAGCCAGUAAUUAACCAUAUAUCCAGGACGUAGUUGAGCCUUUAGAAGAGUCCUUUCUAACGUAAUUAGCUAGUAUGCAUGAAGUGAUUGGGCUUGGAAUAUAGUGAUGUUCUCUGAGCCCUAACUAUAUCGUAUAGAUUAUGAGUGAGCUUGCAUAGCUUUGUAUGGACUGCAAAUCUCAACUUGUAGAUGGUCAACUAUUUUAUAAAGUAAUGUUGGGUUGGUGGGUUAUGGAAUGAGUAAUUAAUGGGCCAUUGGCCCUUUUGUUUU